AUGGUGGUUCACUACGUGGACGGUUCUGGGAAAAAGCGUAUCAAGGGUGGCGGAGACUUGAAGGCUUCACAAGCCUAUCCGACAAGGUUCGGCAGAGCUGUGAGCAAGGUGCGAUCCAUGCACGCUGCGAAGCACCGCGCUCAAGCUGCAAGGUUCCUGAGAGCGGCCAAGAACACGGCCAAUCGAGCGAAUUGUUCAGCUGCUGUGAAUGCCAAAUGGACAAAGAUGGCCAAUUUAGAGCCAAUCCUCGAUUUUUUGGCCAAGUAG